AUGCAGCCUAAUAUCUAUAUGAAUGAGAUUAAAAAACAUAAAACAUGGAUAGCCAGCUUUAAAAAAGAGAUUCACGAGAAGAAAGAAAAAAAUAAGUUCCCAAACGGAGAAUUUAAAUUCCAACCACCUAAGACAAUUGAAGAUUAGCUUGAAGAAUUAUCUGUAUUGAAUAUUAAUGUAAUAGUAAUAAUGUUAUGCUUGUCAUUAUGAUAAAAAAAUUACAAUAAAAGGAUAUAAAGGUAAUUUCAAAUUGGAACAUUGGAAAAUGAUUGAAUUAAGGUUAAGAGGAGAUUAUUCAAUUCAAUAAAUUAGAUUCAUUGACACAAAACUUGAGAAAGAUAAUUUGAUGAUUCUACCUUUAUGGUUUAGCUGGGUCAAAACAAAGAAUUUGGUUAUAGAAUUAUAACAUAAUGAAUUAGAUGAUUAAAGUGUUGAAGAGUUCAUUUUUUAAGUUUUUUAAAGAAAUAUCAAUCUACAAAAAGUAAUUUAUUAUUUAAUGAAAAUAGCUUUUUAUCAUAAGUAACCCUGGAAUUUAUAAAGGAACUUUUUUAAGAAAAUUGAAACAUUAUUUAUAAAAAAAAUUUGAAGAUAACUCUGAUUAUUUUUAUCUAUUAUUGAAGAACAAGAAAAAAUUUUCGAUAGCAAUCAUUAAAAUAUUGAGAAUAUGGUAAGUGUAAAAAAUUAGACAGGAAAAAGAGAUUGUUAUGAAAAAAAUUGAUUAAACAUAUUUUUUCAGUUUUAAUUUAUCUAAUUGUUUUACUUAAAUAAAUUGGAAAGGUUUUGAGCAUUUAAUAAAAUGUACUUAUAAUUUAGAAACUUUGGAAUAAAUCUCAUCAUUAGAUUUAUCUGAUAAUUACUUAGGCACAUAAAGUAGUUUUAAUAUGGUUUGUUAGAAUUUGGCUACAGCUAAAGGACUAAUUACUUUAAAAUUGAAAAAUUAACCUUUAUUUCAUAAUACAAAUGCUAUAUAUUAACUUAUUGGUGAUAGAUAUAAUAGAUUUAGAGUGAAUAAUAUUGACAUAUCAGCUAAUUCAAAUAUUUUCGAAAAAGCCUUUUAAUUGCUUGCUGAUAAUAUAUUUUUAGAAUGUAAGUCAAUUAACUUAAAUGAUUCACUUACUGAAAAUAAUAGUACUUUAUAUAAGUUAUCUGUUCUGACUUAGGCUUAUGAAAAGUAAAAUGAAGAAUUUCAACUUUAAAAAUUGAAAGAUAAUACAGAUUUAGGUAUAAAUCAAUGUUUAUUAAGGUAAAUAUAGAUAUAAACAUAAAUUAAAGUCUUUAGAUCUAUCUAAAGUAGAAAACUUUAAUAGAUAUGAUUAAAUUGAAACUUUACUCAAGGUUUUUAUUUUCUCAGAAUACAGUAACGUUAGAACUCAUAGUAUUUAUUUUUAUUCUAUUAUUAAUAGCAAUUUAGAAUUUAGAUGUAGGAAGAGCUGAAAUUUAUUGCAAGACUUUAAAUCUAUUUUUAUCAGAUUUUAAUUCAAAAAAAUAAAAAUUUUAGAAUCUUAAAAAUUUUAAAUUAAAAUUAAAGAAUCUCAUUAUGUUAGAUUCUGAACAUGAAUAUUCUAUGACGAUUGAUGUUUUAAAAUAGUUUUUUUUAGAUUACUUAUUUACGAAGGAAAACUCAUUUUUGGAAAUAGAAAGUUUUAAAUUUAUAAAUAGUUUUAUUAAAAAAAAUAAAAAAGAGGCUUUAAAAUUGGCUGCCAUUUAUAUUUUAGAAUCAAUUCAUAAAAAUCCUAAGAUUAAAUAUUCAUUAAUACGAUUAAAGUUUUAUUCAUCUUGUUUGGAAUUAGAUGUUUAGACUUUUAAAUGUUUUCUAUUGACUGAAAAUUUAAGAUUAAAGACAUUUAAAUAUUUUUAAGAUUAAAUGAAAGUAAUCUAAAUUUAUAUUUAUAGGGUGAAGGAAGUGUUUAUUUAAAUGAAAUUUAAAAUUUUUUGAAUACAAUGCCAAAUACUUUUGUACAUAGUUUACAAAUAUUAAAAUUAGAUACUAUAACAAGUAUUUCUUUUGAUGUUGGAAAAUUAAUAAGUUUAAUGAUUUAUUCAUCUAAAUUGUAGUUAAAGGAAUUCCACUUCUAUAAAAUAAAACUUACAAAAUCAUCUUUAUCAAUAAGAGAAUUAGAUUUAUUUUUAUAAAAUUCUUCUGAAAACAACAGGGUAUUUGGGUUAAGAUAAUUGAAAUUUGGAGGUUUUCAAGGAGUUGGAGAAGAAGAGUUUUUUAAAUAUAUAGUAUUCAGUCGUUAAAUAAGAUUAAAAAAAUUAAUUAUCAAAGCUGUUAAUUUUAACAAUAUUAUUGAUAAUCUUCAAGCUAAUAUUAUAUCCUAGAAUAUUAAUCCAUUAGAAGAAUUAAAUUAUUUGAAAUUUGAAGAAUUUUAAGUUUAGACAUAAGAAUUAUGGAAUAAAUUAGCAUUAAUUUUCAUUUAUUAAAAUAAAAGAUUGUAAACCCUUAUUUUUAAAACUAUAAAUUUGGAUUACAGUUUUACCUUAGGAAUGACUUAAACAACAGCUUUAUUUAUUUAAAAUACAAAAUCAUAGAUAGAGCCUGAAUAAAUUCCAUUAUUAAUGCUUAAGGAACUUAGAUUUAUUAAUUGUUAAUUAAGUGAUGAUUUUUUAUCAUUUUUCUUUCCUAUUAGCGAAAUUGAAAAACUUGAAAUCAUUAAUUGCAAGAAUUUAUAAUAAGCUAUGAUAAAGGUGAGAGAAAAUUAUAAUGAAGAAAUAUAUUAGUUUACAUUGAAAUAAUUUACAAUGAAGGAUUGUUCUAUUAUUGAUAUUUAAUUAUUUGAAUGGAUGAUAUAGAAUUUGAUCUUAAAUUUUGAUAGAUAACUUUUAGAUACAUUAAAUCUAAUUAAGUGUGACUUAAAUGAUGAAAUGAUCUAUUCAAUAUGUAAACAGUUACAAUUAAUAAGAAGUAAGGUUCUUGAACUUAAAAGAAUUUUUUCUUUGAGAUAAAUUAAUUUAUAGAAUAAUCCUAAAAUUUCAGAGAUUUAAUGGAUAAAUGUAUUUUAAUUUUUUUAAAUAGAUAUUUAAUUAAAUCCUUCAUUAAAAUUAGACUUUAUAAGUUGAAAAAGCUUUUGGAGAUACUCAUAUGGAUGAAAUAAAUAUGCUAAUCCUUGAAAAUUCCUAAUUUGCUGUUUAAUCUCAACUAGGUUUAAAGUCAAAAUUAUAUAAUAGCCUAUAACUUUUUAAGCCUAACUUUCCUUAUUAAUUAUAAAAAUUAGAUUUAGAUUUAGAACUUCAAAAUAUUAAUCUAAAGAAUAAUGGUCAAUCAUAAUAAGAAUAACUUGAUAUGAAAAAUUCGAUAUAUUAAAGAAUCGUUUCUGGAUUGAUAUUAUAUCCAAAUAGUUAAUUACAAAAACUAAAACUGUCUCAUUUAGAUUUGGAUUUAUUUAUGCUUUGCUGCAAAUAAAGUAUAUAAUUUUCUUAAAAAUAUUUUGAAUCAAAACCAGACAACACCUUACAAAUUUAAUUUAUUAAAAUAGAAAAUAUAUACAUUAAUUAAGUAACUAACCAAAGUAGAUAAAGUAUUGAGUAAUUUUUUGGUCUAUUCCUUUGUAAUAAUUAAAUAAAUUUAAAGAAAUUAACACUUAUUGGAUUUAGAGAAUAAUUUUUGUAAAUUUUAUUAACACUUUGUGAUAAUAGAAAAUCAUACAACCUUGAAAAAUUAUCGAUUGACAAUUGUGAAGACAAAUUGACAGCAGAAUAAUCAAUAAAAUUUUUAAAUUAUAUUAUAUUAGGUAAUGUUUUACCAAUAAAAUCUUUGACUUUAUCAAAUGGUAUUAUUUUUGAUCAUAUAAAAUAAUUUGAUCUUAAAUUAGAUAAAGUAUGUUAAAUUAAGAAAUUAAAGCUAUCAGUAGAUGAAAAAAGUAAAAAUCAUAUUUCAUCUAUCCAAAAGAUAUUUACAUUACUAUUUUCUCAAUAAAGUGAAUUAGAAUAUUUGGAAAUUACAACUCAAAAUGCAGAUAACAUUUUCAUGCAUAUAUUUGAAAUAUGUAAAGUAUAAAAAUUGAAACUUUAAAGUCUAAUAAUAAAUGGUUAGAUUAGUAUUGAUAUGGAGUUUUUUAAUUUUAUCCAAAAAUCAGUUGAUACAUUGAGAUUGUUGAAGAUAUAUAAAAUAAUUUACUUAAAAUAAAAUGAUCCAAAUUACUAAUUAUAUUAAAUUUUUAAGAAUCCUAAAUAAGGUAGUAAAAUUGAUCUUAAUGUAAUUGAACAUGAAGACACUUAUUUUUUGUAUUAUAAUUUAAUCUUUAACGAAAUUUUUGGAUUUACAGAUUUAAUUUUAAGAGAUGCUGCGAGUUUUGCUAAUUUAUAAUUUAAUUAUUCAAUUUAUAAAUUAAGAUAUUUGAAAUUAGAUAUGGGUUUAAAUUAUAAUUCAAAAAAUCAAUUAGAUAAUGAAGCUUUAUGUUUGAUAUCAACAAAGUUAAUUUAUAAUGAAGAUAGUAUCUUAGAAGAAUUAGUAUUGAUGAAUUGUAAUCUUAGAAUAUCUGCAAUAAAGGCUAUAAUUAAUCCAGCUUAAAAAUUGAGAGACAGAAUAAUUUAUACAGGGCGUCAGAAAUCAUUUUAUUUGUCUUUGAAAAGAAUUUGUAUUUUAUAUUCAUUUAAUAUUGGAUAAGAGGGUAUGGAAUUAUUAUUCAAUAAUCUUAUUUAUUUUGAGUAUGUGAAUAUAGAAAGAAUUGAACUUUAAGCAAUAGAAUUGGAAGAUAAAAUAGUGACAGACAUGAUUAAGUGUGCAAUUGAUUGGAUUAAUUUUUAAAAGAAAAAUUAAAGAUAAUUCACUCGUUAAUUUCCUAUUCGUUAUUUAGACAUUUGGGAAAAAUGAAUUAUUUUAAGAUAAAGGAGUUUGGUAAAAAUUUUUAAGAACAUUUGUUUUUACAUAAAAAACUCCAAACUUAGAAAUAUUAAAUCUCCAUUUUAUGGCUCUUAAUGACGGAAUUGCUAAAAAUAUCUCUUAUAAUGCUUAAAAAUAUUUAAAUUCUAAAUCAUCUGAUUAUUAAUUCCCUUUAAAAAGAUUGAAUUUUUCAAAGAAUAACUUCUUAACCGAAAAAGGAUGGACAGAUAUCUUUAAUAAUUUUAUAUUUCAUCCUAAAGUUUUUUUAGUAGAAUUAAAUAUGACAAGCACUCAAUUAGAUUCUGAAGAAAAAUUAAAUUCAAUUAUGAAUGCUGUUAAAAAAAGAGCAGCUAUCUCUAAAAAUAAAUUACUUCCAUUACAUACUUUUCUAUGUUACAAUGUAACUCUGAAAAAUAUGAUAGCUAAAUAUUUGUCAUAAAAGUCAUAUAAAUAUUCAGCUCCUGAUGAUUUACCAAUUAAAAUUGAUUAUAAAUGUUGGAAAUAAGGCAUUUAUGAUGAAAUUCCUAUUAGUUUAGGAGAUCAAGUAGAAAUUUUAAAUUAAUUAAUUUAUACUUAAAGUGAAUUAAUUAUACCAAAUCAUUUAGAUUACAUAGAAAGUUUUAAGUUUUCAUAAUUUCAUUUAAAUUUUGUAUAACAUUAUUUGAAGAUCACAAAUAUUUUAAAUUAAGAAGAUACUUAAUUAAUUCUAAAUUUAGAUACUUUAGAUAAAUUCUCAAAUUUAUUUAGAUACACUAUGGAGAAACCAGCAAAACCAUACCCUUAUUAUAUGAUCUUUUAAAAAGAUACUUAUAUAUUUCUGAGUGAAAAAUAUAAUAGAAUUGAGCAAAUCAAUUUAAUUCAAGCAGAUUCUUAAUCUUUAGAAGAAUUACAUCAAUUUGAUGUUCUAAAUAUUUGGGAAAACGUUUUAUAGUAUUAAUGUUAAAUUGAUAAAAUAUUAAUGGAAUAUACUUUGACUGAUGAUUUAGUUGAAAGAAUGUUAUUAAAAGGGUAUACAGAGAGAGAUUUUAUUAAAUUGUGUAGAUUAAUUCCUCCUUCAAAAAUUAGGAUUUAAGGAAGCCUUACCUUAUAGGCAAUCAAGGGCUUAUAUUCAAUUCUAUAUGAUACAUAUUACUUUUAGUAUUCAGUUUUCGAUUAUAAAUUUGAUGACUUUUUAAAUAUUGGUAUUGGGUAUGGACUAAGAGAAACUGCUUAUAGAAAAGCCACAGAAAGUUAUUGGUCUAAUGUAAUUCGAAUGAUUAAAUAUAAAUAUUAUAAUAUAUUUGUAAAGCCUACUUAAAAAUAUGUAUUUGAUGAAUCAGUUGUUAAGUUGAACAAUUACUUAUCAAAAAGAAAAUUAAAUUUACUACUUUUAAUAUUAACAAACUUUUUAUUUUUUGGAGCUGCUUUGGUAGCACCAUUUUUUUUAAUUGAAUUUGUAACACAUGAAAAUGAAAAAUAAUGUUAAGCUACCAAGGGAUAUCAAUAAUAUUAUUGUUAUGCUGGAUUUGCAGUUAUCUCAGCUUUAGUGGAAGGCUAUCUGUACUUUUCGAUUUCAGAUGUAAUUCCAGAAUAUAUUACAACAUUAGAACAUGCUGAAUAAUUUAAUGAAUAAUAAAUUGAAAUUACAGAAUACAGACUUAAAUCUAGUGCUUUAGAUACAAAUCGGAAUUUGCUUAAUGAAGGAUAUUCGGAAAGGAUAAAAAAAUCAAAGAUUGAGGCAUCAAUCGAAUUAUUUCUCUCUCGCUUACAGAGUAUUGGAUAAUCAAGAUCAGUAGCUAAAAUAAAUAGAAUUAUUCAAUUUUUUAUGUCAUAAUUGUUUAAGUUUGAUCUUUUUGGGGAUAUGACAUUCAUUCUUGUUCUUCAGAAUUGUAAUUAUAUUGAAAUGUACUAUUUAACUAUAGCUAUUACUGCUGCAACUUCAGGAGUACAUUUUCUCUAUUUUAUAUAUUUAAUUUUGAUAAGAAUAUUCAAACAUAGUAGUUAAACCCAGCAAUUAUCGUCAUAAUUUAUUAAUGAUUUUUAUACAAUAGGAUUUCAAGGAAGAAAUGCAGCUUUAUCUAAUUUACUGGAUUCUAUUGCUCCAUAUAAUGUUUCAGUUAUUCCAAAUAAUAAAUUUACAAGAGCUUUAGUACCUAAUUAGGCUGGGAAAUCGAUGAGUAAUUUAGUGAAAGUAAAAGAAAUAGAAUAUAAUGUUAGGGUUAUUUUGUUUAAUUUAUAUUCGAAGAUUUACCAUAGAUAGUGAUUUAAACUUAUUUUACAGUGAGUUAGGCUUGGAAAUUUGAGGGAGAAUUAGAAAUAUUGAGUUAUUUUAGGAUAGCAAUAUCAUUUAUAACAGUGAUAACAUCAUUUUUAAAGUAGAUAUGGAAAGAUAUAAAAUAGGUUUAUGUCGAUAAGGCCUACAAUUUUGGUGCAAGAUGAUUUUGAUAAAUUAAGUGACAGAAAGAAGUAGAAUUAUAAGAGAGAGAGAAGGGAUUUAUUGGGAAAGGAGAAUGAGUAACUUAGAAAAUAUACUUAAUAUUGUUGUAGAGAUGAAUAGAAGUAGAGUUUAGAUGAGACAUAGCCAUUACGAUAAUAAUUGAUUUGA